AUGGCCAUCGCCGCCAGCAUCGGGCUGGUGGCCGAGGCUAUCAACCGCCAUAAGACACCUGAAACCCGAGGAACAGCCACAGAAAGUAAUCUUGAAGAAGAACAGUGGGCACUGGAUGAUAUUCAGGAAGAGCUAUACCAGGAGCAUGACCAGGAGCUCGCUUCUGACAGCGAAGACCAACCGAAAGAAAAAAAGAAAAUCCGUAAUCCAGCCCGUCUGGCUGACGAUUUUCUCGAACGCUACCCGCCUCCACCUCCAGGGAGAGCGACCGGUCGACUCUCAUUGCCCGUCAUCAUCCCCCAGCGCCGGCCCGGCGUGCGCGUCCGAGGCUUCGUGAGAGCGUAUGCGCCAGACCUUCAGGCCUGCGGCAUCGACCAGGAUACAUUCAUGGACUUUCUGGUGACUUUUACACGCGCUAGCCGGGCACCACAAUGGAUGGCAAGCACCAAUUUGACGGCCGCCGCGGCCUUUGCCUUGCCUGGCCAUGCUAUUGGGGCUGGAGUUGGAUUUGCUAUUCAGGUUGUCAACGCCAUCGCCAUGGAGAUGCGAGGGCGGGUACAGGCAAAUGCCUUCCUGCAAAAGCUCAACCAAGGCUUUUUCCAGCCUCGCGGACUUUACUGCUUGGUGCUUUCCUUCGACAAUACUCACGAGGAGGCUAUGACCGAAGAUUCACUGGCCGCGGCAAUCGCCACGAGUACGGACCCAAAGACGGGCAUGCGCAAGUAUACAGGGAAGCUGCGCUCACACAGCGGCACUACAGGACCAUCCGAGUUUCCGGAGUCCGCUCCGCUGGUUUUUCCUGCCUUAGACUGGUUGGCAGACAAUGCCAACGCUGAACAGGCUGAGAAGCUGGGAAGGUACAAAAAGUUCCGCAAGUUUGUGGCAGACUACUACGAUAGACGGGCACAAGCAGAAUACGCCGCGAGGAACCCGACGAGCCCGCUGGCAGCGCCCCCGACGCGCGCAUUCACUUCCAGGUUCGCGGAUCCCAACGACGCCACCAACAAGUCCCCGAUCUCGCUUGCUACUGGAGGUGCGGUACCCUACAACACUACCUGGAGAGGAGAAGAACCCCGCCAAGGAGGUAGAGGGCAGCGCAAAAUCGCCGAUAAAGUGCUCUAUAUGAUCAUUGUCGAUAUGCCCUCGGACGACGAUAUGAGUCGCGCGGAGAGCAUCAUGGCCACAGAGGUUGAUCCCGAGUCGACUUCUGCAACCCAGAACCAUUCAAAGGCAGCAGACAAUACGCUUUAG